AUGCAGUACCUCGCGCGUCCUCCUCCUCCUCCUUUCAACAACAGUAGUACCGACACAGCGCCGCCACGUGAGGUCGCGCCGUUCCUCAAGAGCUUACGCCGCAUGCUGCAGGACGAAAGCGCUGCUGUCUUGCGCUGGACAGCCGACGGCCGCGCCUUUGAGAUCCACGACAUGCACGCGAUGAUGGCGCACGUGCUGCCAAAGUACUUUAAGCACUGCAAGUACACGAGUUUCCAGCGCCAGCUCAACUACUUCAGCUUCCGCAAGUGGACAAAGUCCAAAGCGAUUGUCUGCACGUUCUCAAACGACUUUUUCCUGCGCGACCGACCGGAACUCGCGUGGCGAAUCACGCGGAAGAAGUCGCUCAGCCCGCCGUCGCUCAACAAGUACCGAUCCACUGCAGCGCGGGCGUCGAUCGCGCCGUACUGGAAGAAGGAGUCGGGUGCAGUGCUGCCGCCGACGACGUCUUAUCCGGUCUCAGACAGUCCGUACCUGAUGCUGGCAGACGACGCUCGAGGCGGUCGACUGCCCUUUGGCUCGUCCUCCGCACUGGACUCGGACCUGAUGCUGCUGAAGCCGCACGAGAGCGGCCGCUUCGCCCAGCUGAGUCGACGCUUCAGUGGCUUCAACGCAACGGCAGCUGCUGCCGCGUACCCCGCAAGUAGGAGCUACGACGCGACAGCAGCGGACGGCGCAGCGCAGGGAGAGCCGCUCGACUGGAUCGACUGUUUGUUGCCGCCGCUGACGGACGACGCGUACUACAUGGGCACGUACCCGACGGCCGCUGUUACGCCGUACGCGCCGCCGAUGACGAACGGUUGCAAAAGCUUUGAGUUUAUGCCGUCCAGUCUCUGA